AUUACAUCAUUCGGUGUCCAGUGCCGGCCGAUUUACUCAUCAUCUGGUGAAAUAUGUGUGACGAAAACGGACUGCCAAUUUCAUAACAUUUCUUGCGGAAAGUUUCAUAAAUUCUGGAUACGUAGACAGCGACCGGAGUUCACAUCAGUCGGUGUAUUUACCUUCGUGACCUAAUUGAUAUUUGAUUACUGUGUUCUGGCCGUUAUCUAAGAGCGAGUACAAGGAAGAGACGUGCUUUUGAUAAUACGGUCAGCGGGACGGGACGGACUGACGGAGACGGUGAUACUGAAAAUUGAUUAUCAUAUGCAAACGGCGAGAGGUGCGAAGUGAAGUGACUGUAUUGGGAUUUGGUUGCCUGCAAUUUUUCAAGCAGUGUUACUUGAUAUGUCGCCACUGAUCAUUGCUGUGCUGCUGGUUAAGGGAAGCUUAGCGAUUCCGGAACUCCACGAAGGGAGCGGUGAUUACGAUGCGGUUGAAGUUGUCGAUCAGAAGCCCUCACACCCGAUUCCGUCGGAUGAUGAAGUGUUAGAUCCAAUAAUAUUGGAUGAUUAUUUUUACUCAGAAGACGAUGACGAUUAUAAUGUCAACUCGAAGGAAGCAAACCAUACCGUCGGUAGGCACUCUGAAUGGCCGACUGAAGACGCACCUGCCAAUAGUACGAUCUCUAGUCAAGGAGUAAAUGAAGAAGUUAACAGCACUGAGGGAACCUUUCAAUUGGAUUUGCUGGAAGGUGUUGACUUUAGCCAGGAAAGCUCGGCGGAAGCGAAUGAAACAAUCGAACCCAAACUGGUGGAAGCCGGCUUGCGGAAGAUUGCGCUAGAGGAGGCGCCAACGAAUUGCAGUGAUUACAAGAAAUUAUCAGUCCAACCGCGCUUCGUGAAUUCCAGCUACAACGUUAUCAGAAAGUGCUGCCCACGUGGGGAAAGCUUCCAGACGGGCGAUAAGAACCACAAGCAUGCCGCGAUGUGCGGAACCGGCGAACCGUGGGGACCCUUUCAGGUGCAGGCAAUUAUCGCCCAGUUCUAUCACGAUUGUAUCGAAGAUUUGGAACUGGAUCCACCCCGGUUGGGACUGAUGUUUGGUAAUCCCUGCCCGGUGGAGGGCGGCUUGGUGCGAUUCGGACCGGACACCAAGGACGGUCUGUUUGUGCUGCAGAACGGAUCACUGCUGGUGAUCAACGAGUUGGUUGAGGAGUUUGACAUUUUCGACAGCUAUUGUCUGGAUGUCGGUAGGGACAGCGGAGCGCUGAAUGCGUACGUGUGCCCUUCGGAGAUACGCAUCGGAAGGGAUAUAUUCAAGGGCCAGAUGGUGGCACUAGCGCUGUGUUUGAUCUUCGCCAUUCCACUGCUGCUGGCGACCGCGUUCUUCUACGUGGAGAUACCGGAGUUUGAUAACAUUCACGGAAAGGCACUUUCGUUGAAUUGUAUCAAUUUUGCUAUCGCUUUGUUGCUGGAGAGUAUUUUUCAACACAAGACCAGAGGUCAUGGAUCUACGGACGACACAAUCGUGUUGGCAAACUAUGCGGAAUAUUUCAUUUUGGCGACGUUCUUCUGGCUGUUGGUGAAUUGUAUGAAUAACUGUAUUCAUGCUUGGUACUUUUUACCAAAAGGAAUUCAGAUAUGUAUGGGCGGUGAAAAACGAACUUUUGCGUUGUAUGCUGCCUUUGCUCAAUUGGUUCCACUGGCUAUAAUAUUACUGAAUCCCCCACAUGGAGAUCCACAGAUCCUCAAACACUAUUUCUUCAUUCCAAUCAUGGUCGUAAUCGUUCUCAACAUGCUCAGUUUUGUCAUCACAUUCUGGGGUUUCCAUCGAGUUAGUGACAUUUUGAUUCAGAAUUAUAUUCUUCGAGGGCGUCUUAGUACUGGAGGUGAGGCAGCCGGAGCUGCCCUGUCACAGGUGCCGAUAAUCCGAACGACGGAUGUAGAACGGGUUAAAUAUAUGACAAAAUACACUGCCAUGCUGUUCGUGGUGAUGGCCGGCGUCUGGAGCAUCACGAUCGCCACCUACUACACGACGCGGACCAUUCCGAUCCUGUACGAUAUCCUGUUCGGGUUGCAGGGUAUUCUUAUUUUCAUAAUUUUCAUCUGCCUGCCGAGACCAUUCCGAACGGUGAAAGCGUGGUUCCAGCGCAAGCAGUACUGUGGCUGCCGGGAAAGCGAAAACACCGUCAGCUUGAGACGGCAUAACGCUUCGUACCGGGCAAGCAGUAGCAACGGAAACAAGGAAAGCGUUCCGUUGAACAAUGUUGUGUCCUCGUAAGCGAUGCCCUCUGGUGGAUGUAUCGUGUUUGGUCUCUUAUGUUCGAAUUUCACUAUUUAUAUUUGUAAAACUGCUGCAGGGUUAACAAUAUUUUAGGUUAAGAAACUACGUACAAACAUUGAAAAAGGAAAUGCCUGCUUUUAGUUUUAAGUUUCUGGCUUUUUCAGUGAAAAAUGAGUGUCGCAUGAAUUUAACUUUUAUAUUAAAUAAGGAAGUGUUUUCAAAAGAGUUUUUUUUAGAGUGGUUUUAAC